UAAAUGAUGCAUUGUUUUAGCAGGUGGAGGGAUCCCUUGGCGAUCUGCAGCUAAAAUUACGAUGAGAUAAUUCAAAUAGGGGUUAAGGAACAACGCAUAUUUUAGUGCAUCUUUCUACUACAUGAGGCGGAUCUUAACCAGACAAGGAUUCUACAAAGUUGACGGAUGAGUGACCCCAGCAUGGCUCUGCAUGCUGUUCUCUGGAUACAGGCCUACACAGUCCUGGUGCUCUGCUUAUCUCCAGCUCUGCCAGCUGCAUCACAGACAAGAAGAAAUUACUAUGAUACACUCAAUGUUGAGCCAACAGCAACUGACAACCAGAUAAAAAAGGCUUUCCGUUCACUGGCUGUAAAGUACCACCCAGAUAAGAACAAGAGCAUUGAUGCAGAGAAGAAUUUCAGAGACAUUACUGAAGCUUAUAAAGUACUCUCCAACAAAGACAACAGAAGACUCUAUGACAGGUUAGGUCAUGAAGCUUUCCUAAAAAAUGGAUCCCCCAUUGACCCUGAGGAAGAACCCGACACAAGCUUCCAUUUUGAUUUUGCUGAUAUCUUCCAUGACUUUGAGGGCAGUCCUUUUGUCGAGGAGUCACACUUCAUGUGGAGCUUUCCUCAGGAUGAGGAGGAUGACAGUGGUGCUUAUGAACAUUAUAGCUUCCAUGGACCAGGCUUCACUUUUUAUCAUUCAGAUGGGGAUGAAGAUGAGGGAGACCACUGUUAAUAGACUAAAAGGCAUUAUUGUGGUGUGUGUUCAUAUAUGAAAUACUGUAUUCGGAGUUUUGUUGUCUUUAUUUAUAAUAAAGUCUCUCUAUGUUAAAGUGUUA